UGCUGAGACAUUUACUUAUUUCUGCGGACAUCUAGAGGGUGAUAAUAUCUAAAGGAGCGGUGCAGGUGUCUCUGACACAAAGAAGGAGAUAUGGCAGGGGACCUUGUGGUUGGGAUGAUCUAUAACUUAUUACUACCACUGCUCCUGCUGACUGCUUCUUCAUUCCGCUACAAUGGUCUGUCAGUGGUGUACUUCCUGUUUUUGCUCACCUUGCCGCUGCUGCCGAACCCGAGCCUUGUCACCAUGAAAGGUAAAACAGGUCAGUUCUUGCGGUUGAUCAUCUACACCAGUUUGACUCUCCUGUCCCUGCAGUGCUUCAUGCAGAUCCCCUUCACCUAUAUCCCUCCACAUGUUAGUGGCCACUGGGAAGAUGUCCUCUACCAUUUGGGCAUUGUAAGAUUCAGUUCGGUUGACCCUGGGAACAUCGUGCGACUCCUGGCCCCAGAUGUGUUCCUACUCUUCUCCUCUCUCUUUGUACUGAGGCUAUGCCGAAAACUACUGCGCGCUGUGCCACAAAUCAGUUUGCAUGAGAACGGAAUACCGCCGCCUGACCCUGAGGAAGAGGAAACCUCUGAAACUGAGUCUGAUGGAGGAAGUGACACAGAGGGCUCGUCCUUUGACAGCUCAGAUGUGACCACGAUGCCGGUUCAGUCGGGUCCGCCCCAGUUUGUCCAAAAGCUGAUAGUGUUUGCAGCCGGAAUGAGGCUGCUGCUGUCAGCAAUCAUGAACACAGCAGGGAAAGUGGUGGUGACUUUGCUGCUGGGGCUGGCAGGUAUCACGCUGCCAUCCCUUACCUCAGGUGUGUAUUUCGGGGUGUUUCUCGGGCUGGUGUGGUGGUGGGUAUUCAGUCGUUCCAUCAGCCUGCUACUCUUCAGCUCCUUGUGUGUAAUGAUGGCCAUCUUCAGCGGAGGACACCUUCUGGCUCUGUACCUCUACCAGCUACCUCUGUCUCAGGAGCUCGUGCCACCAGACGAUGUCUACGCCAGGUUGUUUGGUAUGACAGGAGUGAUCAGAACCAACAGUUCAGACCCGCACUCCCUUGGUCUGCACCCACAUGUAAGCUGGCCUGACUUCAUCAACCCUUUGGUUCUACUGCUGCUCUACUACACAUUGGUGGCUUUGCUGCACAAAUGGGUCCACAUAACAGAGGAGGAUACUGUUGAUGAUGAGGAGUGUGAGAGUCCAGUAGAAAGUCCAGAUGCUCCUCCAAGCUUCUCCAGGGUCCUCUACGUCUCAGGAGAUAAGCAGGAGCUUUUAAGCAGUACGGACGACGAAACCUAUCUACCUGAUGAGCCAAUGAUUUUGAUCGCAGGGAGUUCCUGGGAAGAUAUCCAUACAAAUGAUCUGGGAUCGCUGUUAGGAGGGGCAGGGUACACAAACUGUUGCCCUCCACCAGAGUAUGAAGGCAAAGACCCCCCAUCACAUGGUAAUCACUACGCUCAAAUAUCUAAAUACAUGACCUCAGUUACCUAG